AUGUUUCGUCUCAUAUUACUUACUCUUCUGAGCUACGCGUUAGCGAAACCUUACCAACAAGCUGGUACUAACUUCUGCGCUGACAAACAACCCGGACUUUUUGCAAAUGGUUGUUCUUCAAAUGUUACCGUGUGUAACAAAUUUGGAAACGAAAUCUGGCUGUUGUGUCCAUUUGAACUGAUCUUCGAUGAGUCCGUUGACGAAUGCAUGGACCCGAGAUUGGUGUCCGCUUGCAGUGGCACUACUCCGACUCCUCAGGGACCAGUUCGUGAUGUACAAGGGCUCCCCGACAGGCUGUGCGAAGGAUCUACCGAUGGUUAUCACUCUGCGACGGGUUGUUCAACAUCGGUUGUGCAGUGCGUUGGAGGAGUGUCCAGGUUGCUUGAGUGUUCCGAAGGUGAAGUUUUCGAUAACGCGAAGCAGGGCUGUGUUCCUCCAGCUGAAAUGCCGGCGUGCAAAGCAGCCUUUGAGACCCAGCCGACGACCGCACCCAGUUCAGGAGCUGCUGAGCCAAGCGGUCCAUCCAGUUCAGGAGUUGCUGAGCCAAGCGGCCCGUCCAGUUCAGGGACUGCGGAGCCAAGCGGCCCGUCCAGUUCAGGAGCUGCUGAGCCAAGCGGCCCGUCCAGUUCAGGAGCUGCCGAACCUACCACCGCACCGACUUCGGGAGCUGCUGACUCCUCUAGCCCAGCCAGUUCCGGUGCUGCGAACGAAUGCGAGGGUUUGGCUGAUGGAUUCUUUGAGAAGGAGCCAUGCUCAUCGUUCUUCCUCACAUGUUCUGGUGGAGUGUCCCGAAUUCUGACAUGUCCAGCGAGCCUUGUAUUCGAUAGGAAGUUAUCGGUCUGUGAGUAUCCCGAGAACGUAGAAGGGUGCGGUUCCCAAGGAGGUGAAGGUCCAUCAGGUGGGGCUGAGAUCUGUUCCAAGGACGGGUACUUCUCUUACGGAAAUUGCUCGGAUCUGUUCUAUGCCUGUUCCAACGGGCGCCAGAUUCCCAUGUACUGCCCAGCAAAGUUGGCUUUCGAUGAGACCAGACAGCUCUGUGAUUAUCCGCUUGCUGUGGCCGUUUGCACAGAGCAAGGAUCGGGUGAGGGUUCCGGCGAAUCGUCUGGAGAGUCUUCAGGAGAGGGCUCUGGCGAAGGUUCUGGCGAAGCUUCUGGAGAGCACUCCGGAGAAUUCUCCGGCGAAGCUUCUGGGGAAUAUUCCGGGGAAGGUUCGGCUGGCAGUGGCAACUUGGGUGCGACUCCGGUCCCUCUGAAUACAGUAAUGUAUUCGGACCAAGUUGUUCAAUACGACGAAUAUUCCAGUGAGAGCUAUGUUGCAUUUAACGAAGGCGUCGUUGAAGGAUCUGCAGAAGCUUCGGGAGAGCCCUCCGGAGCUCUCAAAAAUCACCCCAACCGCGGCGAUAAGGCCCCCGGAGGGCUCUCCUCGAAGGCUUCGAGAACAGACGAAGCGUCAGGAGAGCCCUCUGGUAAUGUGGGACAGGAAGCGCCAGGCAGUAAAACUCCGGAGGUACAGCAAACAUGGGAUGGAUCAUUAGAUGUACCGAGCGAGUCGACAACUCCUGCUUCUGAAACUGCAAUGGCCCUAUGUAAGGGCAAGGAUGACGGCUUCUACGCAUCUGGGUGCUCAUCGGAGGCGAUCGCUUGUAAAGCUGGCCAAGCGACAUCGAUGCUCUGUCCUGCUCAUAUGCUCUUCGACGAACACAAGCGCAUGUGUGACUAUCCAGAGAACGUUCCGUGCUAUGGAACCGGUGAGGUUGACGGAGUACAGCAACGGAAAUGCACAGUUGAGGGUCCUGUCGGAACAGGUCCAUGCAGCAGGGUAUUCAUGAAUUGUGUUGAAGGAAAGGCUUUCCAACUGGCGUGUGAUGACGGCUACGUAUUCUCUGUGGUCCACCGCUCAUGUGCGGAGGCGUCAAAGGUGCAGGAAUGCACACCAGCCCAAUCACCUACAACGGAAGUCGAGAAGCCUCCAAUGACCGAGCAGCCAGUGCCUCAACCAGAACAACCUGUACCGCAACCAGAACAACCUGUACCGCAAACACAGCAGCCAGUACCGCAACCACAGCAGCCAGUACCGCAACCAGAACAACCAGUACCGCAACCAGAACAACCAGUACCGCAACCAGAACAACCAGUACCGCAACCAGAACAACCAGUACCGCAACCAGAACAGCCGGCUGCUGACGAUAAGAAGGCAAAGCCAAUGGGCCAUCCUAAGCCCUGGGGACCACCACCACCAAAUCCAUGGGGUCCUCCUCCCAAGCCGUGGGGCCCACCGCCGCCAAAGCCCUGGGGUCCUCCUCCAAAGCCGUGGGUUCCGAGUGGUGAGAAACCAGUAGCACCGCCUGCUAAGGGUAAUGUCGAGACGAAACCUGGGUCAUACUAA